AUGAUAGGAUUCCUCGGAGGAGUAAAACUAACAUUUGGCGAAAGGACACCCGACACCCGGUAACCGGAUCCGAGGCGGAAGAGUGACUGAAUGGCGUGAACAAAUAACUCAGGCAUGUCUUCCUGUGGCCUGAAUUUGAGUCAGACACCGGAGGUCCGUGCGCCUGUCUGGGACGCAAAGGAAGACGACGAGGACGCGGACGACUCUGAGUGUUUUGCGCGCACGCCCGCCGCCGCUGUCUCUGAUUUCUCUCCUUCAUCAUCAUCCUCGUCGCCCUCCACCUCGUCCCCGUCUCCGCUAUGCUUCUCCGCCGAGCAGGUGGCAUGCGUGUGCGAGGCGCUGCAGCAGGCUGGACGUGUGGACCGACUGGCCCGGUUCUUGCGCACUCUCGGCUCGCGCGGCGGCGGUGGUGAGAGUGUACUCCGUGCGCGCGCUCUCGUCGCCUUCCACCAGGCGCGCUACAGCGAGCUGUACGGCAUCCUGCAGGGUCACAGCUUCAGCCCCGCGUGCCAUGCCGCGCUGCAGGAGCUCUGGUACAAGGCGCACUACACGGAGGCGGAGACGGCACGCGGCCGCCCGCUCGGCGCUGUGGACAAGUACCGCGUGCGCCGGAAGUUCCCGCUGCCGCGCACCAUCUGGGACGGAGAGGAAACCGUGUACUGCUUCAAAGCGCGCUCACGGAACGCUCUCCGGGACGCGUACGCACGCAAUCGCUACCCGUCACCGGCGGACAAGAGGAACCUAGCCAAAGUAACGGGACUGUCGCUCACUCAGGUCAGCAACUGGUUCAAAAACCGGCGGCAGAGAGACCGGAAUCCGUCCAAAAGUGAAUCAGAUGGGAACCACAGCACCGAGGACGAGCGAAGUAAAGGACAUGAGGAUUUGUCUCCGUGUCCACUCACAGGCCACGCUGACGGGAUGACAUCACACGUACCUCUCUCCUCCCGAACCCCAGAGCUCCAUCCGACGGAAGGCGAGAAAAGCUUUCUGUUCAAUGGGACCUUCCCUCCUUCCUCCUCCAGGUUCCUCUCCUCCACAGGAAGUCCACUGUUUGGCGUUCCGGGUCUCGCUCCUCUCCAGCCGCCGGCAUACAGACCCGAGUCCGGCGGUGCCAAAGACAGAGACAGAGGAAGCGAUAAAAAGAUGGACAGAUCUGAAGCCAUCAGUCCUUCUGACAGAGAUGGAGUGUGUGAGAAAAGGAUGGACAGAUUAGACAGAGGAGGGGAGGGCAUGCUACCGAUCUCUUUUUUCAGAGACACAGAAACAGAGGUGAAGAGCAGAGCUUCAGGAUCAGGGGUAGAGUCUGAUCACAUGGAGAAGAUCCAGCUCACCGGCUACGUUCUGGGAGAUGAAGUCACGGAAGAUGGAAGGAGUGAAGAAAUGUCGCUGAUGAGAGACUCUUUAACUCUUCCUCAUCUGCAGCUGCCUUUAUCUUCCUCGCCUGCUGCACCAGCGCAAGUGCUGGUUAGCGUUAGCAGCUUAGCAGUGGAGCAGGAGCGGGGCAGUUCGGCUCCUCUGCAGUCCAGCACAGUGCUCUUUAACCUGGGCGACUCCUCGGUCAAACGGGAGUGUGAGAGAGACCUGGCUUUCUCCUGCGUGCAGAACACACACCUGCGCUUCACACACACACUGCUACACCCACCGGGCGGAACUGACAGACUUCAGGGGUCGUGGCCCUCAGUUGACCUCUGACCUCAGCAAGGACUUCCUGUGUGCUGAUGCAGGCAUGUAGGGAGACAAGCUGAGUUUUUGGUCAAUUAUCUUUAGUAAUGAAUUUAUUCUCCUGCUGAGUGUGUGUGUGUGUGUGUGUGUGAUAAGAGGGUGCAUUUAUUAGCUCUCAGAUAAUAAUUGAGUAGAACACACUUUACUGUUACUUUAGUGUAAAAUGUCAGAAAUCCCACAGUCACAUCACACAUCUUCUGAGCCAAUCAUUUUGAUGAUUACAUCAUCACUAAUUUGCAUAAAAUCAGAGGAGGCCUCAGUAGCAGCUCUGUGAUGUAAAUUUGUACAGGAAGUGAACAACUUACACUUUUCCCUUUAAAUACAAAAGAAACUUUAUUUAAAUUUACUCAGAUGAUGAUUUGAUGGAAAAUGAUGCCUCAUAACCUUCUGAAUAAACACUACUGAUAUUACAGCAGCACAACUUACACACAACAACUACAACAACUACACCUCACAACUUACACACUCUACAACAACAACAACAACAACAACAUCAUCAUCAUCAUCAUCAUCAUCAUGAAUGUCAUUGGACAAUGGAAGCUUUAAAGGGAAACCUCUAUUUCUCCCUCUCUCUCCC